GUUUGGAACUCAACAGCCUUUUUCCUUCUAUCUUACUUCUCUAUCCUUUCCCACAGAAACAAGAGAAACAAAGCCUCUCUCUCUCUCUCUCUCUCAGACAGAGCUUCUAAUGGCUGAAGACAUCAUCGACAGGACGGUUGUGGGUUUUGAGGAGGGGAGGCUAUGGCUUCCUUCACAGUUGCUACGCGAAACGUGCGAAUCUAAGGAAUACUUACGUCCCCAGCAGUAUCGUCGUUUGCCGGGUUUGCCAGAAGUCACUGCUCCUAUGUAUCCCAAUUCUUUCCAUAAGCCUGGAUCAAGAUCACGUCACAAGCCAAGAUUUCCACCAAACCGUACAUCUGGUGGGCGAGGGAUGCAAGCCAUCUUUCUAGGUUCUAGCCAACGACCAUGCGGUACCGGCUUUUUCCUCCCACGGAGGCCCGGAGACGACUUCCAACCAGGCAAGAAACCAGGUUGCUCGACAGUGCUGGUACCAUCUCGUGUAGUUGAAGCUCUCAACCUCAACGUACAUGCGUUAGGCUCACCACCCCCUCAACGAGAAACGAUUGAUAAUCUAAUGGCCUCAAGUCGCAAUUGUGCAAAGAAUAAAAACGACAACGAAGGGAUACAGAGCUUGGCACCACCACAACAACAAUGUCGUGCAUUCUCCAAGUCUCGCAGCUCUUCCCCUGAGAUAUUUCUUCCCAAGGAAUGGAGUUACUAGCUAGCAUGCUCUCAAUGUUGAGGAUAAGGCAUACCAUGGUUGUCAAAAUGCUAUAAAAUCUUCUUGUAAUUAUAUUAUUCAAUAAGAGUAAGAGAUUUCCUUAUGCUCAUCGUGCAAUUCAGAGUGAGAGAAAGUGGUUUGCAAGAUGCUGGAGAGUACAAGAGAAAAAGGUUGUGAAAAGAUCUCGUAUGGGUUUACCCCAGUAAAUCCUAACAUAUUGGUAUUUUAUCCUAGUGAAUGUGUUGUGGACUAAAACAGGGAGAUAGCCAUCAUCUUCCUUUUGAUAAACCUCAAAUCCACAAAGGAACUAAAACAUCUAAAAACCCAUAAUAAAAUCUGAUACUUUUUAAUGGGGGCUUAUACAAGCAUAGAUGACCUAGAUUCAUAAUCUGACUCAAAA